CCCCCGGCCCAGGGGGGUUUCCAAAGUUAUUUUCUCUUUUUCUUCCUUCUACCCUGCCGCGUUCAACAUCACACCUCCACUCACCUAUUAUAUGCUCCUCUUUUCCCUUCCUUCCUUUCAUCGGCUAACCGUCCUGACUCAGUCAUUGCCAUGGCUUCGGUCUCAGAGUCGCAAAAUGUGCUGCCACUGGCAGAGUCGUUGAACGCCCAGCCAAGCGAGGACAAGCCUCCGGCCGACUUGGCGCUCUGCUGGCAAGACCUGGACCAAAGCCCGCAAGACCCAGGGCAAACGAUGGCCAACAUCGCCCUUUCCCAGACCUGGAGCUUUGCCGCGGUUCCUGCUAGCCCGGUCACGCCCGAGUCUGCCAGCUCAAGGACUGUCCAGUCGUCGUCACAGCGGGACAUGGACGUUGCCGUCUCGGAAAACAUUCAAGGUACUGUCCCGGAAACGUCUGGCUCGGACGUCGUCCGAAGCGAAGCGAGCAGAUUUCAGGUUACCAGCCAGGUUUCGCUAUCGACCGGUGCGUGAACCCGGUAUGUCUCGUGACAGAUGAUGAGACUGACCGCGUACAGCUACAGCAGAGAUAUGUCCGCUCCAGGACACCCAGACUCCACCCGCGGCCAAUGGUGCUAAGUCGGGAGGGUUGGACGACGAGGAGGACGAGGACGAUGGGGACGACGAUAUAUUGGCGGCUCUCCGCCGGUGCAGGAACAA